AUUUUAAAAGGUUAUUUUUCGCGAUGUGACUAUUGGUAGGUGUAGAACAGGGUUUCCUAGAAGGUCGUGGCCACCGGCUGAACACACAGUGGGCAGCAGGUAGCAGAGACAUGGCGGAGACUGAGCUGAACGUUGACAGCAUCAUCUCUCGAUUGCUGGAAGUGCGAGGAUGUCGUCCUGGGAAGAUAGUGCAGAUGACGGAGGCAGAGGUGCGUGGGCUCUGCAUCAAGUCGAGGGAGAUCUUCCUCAGCCAGCCUAUACUGUUAGAGCUGGAGGCGCCACUCAAAAUCUGUGGCGACAUCCAUGGCCAGUACACAGACCUGCUGCGGCUGUUUGAGUACGGGGGCUUCCCGCCCGAGGCUAACUACCUGUUCCUGGGGGACUAUGUGGACCGGGGGAAGCAGUCCCUGGAGACCAUCUGCCUGCUGCUGGCCUACAAGGUCAAGUACCCCGAGAACUUCUUCCUGCUGCGCGGCAACCACGAAUGUGCCUCAAUCAACCGCAUCUACGGCUUCUACGAUGAGUGCAAGCGCCGGUUCAACAUUAAGCUCUGGAAGACCUUUACAGACUGUUUCAACUGCUUGCCCAUUGCAGCCAUUAUAGAUGAAAAGAUCUUCUGUUGUCAUGGAGGGCUGUCGCCUGAUCUGCAGUCCAUGGAGCAAAUUAGACGCAUCAUGAGACCCACGGAUGUCCCUGAUACAGGCCUGCUGUGUGACCUGCUGUGGUCGGACCCGGACAAGGACGUGCAGGGCUGGGGGGAGAACGACCGCGGCGUCUCCUUCACCUUUGGCGCCGACGUGGUCAGCAAGUUCCUCAACCGCCACGACCUGGACCUCAUCUGUCGAGCCCACCAGGUCGUAGAAGAUGGCUACGAGUUCUUUGCCAAGCGGCAGCUGGUGACGCUGUUCUCUGCUCCCAACUACUGCGGGGAGUUUGACAAUGCCGGGGGCAUGAUGAGCGUGGACGAGUCUCUAAUGUGCUCGUUCCAGAUCCUGAAGCCCUCGGAGAAGAAAGCCAAGUACCAGUAUGGCGGGGUGACCUCGGGGCGUCCCGUCACCCCCCCUCGAACCGCUCAAGCCCCCAAGAAAAGGUGAGCAGCUGGCCCCAACCCGUCCCCCAUGCCCCCCAUCCCCGACCCUGUUCCAGACACCUCCGCCUCUGCUCUCAGCCAGCAUUGUUCAGGUGUAAACUGAUCAUACCGUGUGGAAAUGAUUUGCUUGUUUGUUGGGUGUUUUCCGUUAAUUUACUCGUGUAAAGUAUUUUUUAUGCAAUAAAACGUGUUGCUUAGCCCUUAAACCAUUAGUCCUUUGAGCAAUAUGAGAUUCACCCCGUGUGGAACGGCCAAACAUGUGGAACAGAUGGCCCCGGGCCUCAUGUGUUCAUGGCAUUGUAACUUUGAGGACGGUUGUGUGGUUGCUGAGUGUGCGCUUGUGAUUGAGAAGGUGUGGCGGUUGUGCGCCAGUGAAUUCAAACUUGUGUUCCUCCAGACCAAUGGGUCUCUCCCGAAUGUGAACUCUUAUUCUGAUCCAUGUACUUUAAUGGGGUUGCCAACAUUGUCCAUACAUAUGGUGUACAGUAAAUUACACCUGUUGAUUGAUAAUAAAUGUAACCAUAAAUGACGUUGGUUAGGCCAUCUGCUUAAUGUAAUAGAUGAGCAUUAAUCAACUGGUUUUAAGAAUUAACUCCAAUUUCUUUGUUCCUCAAGUUGGAAUACAUUCCUGAUUACAAAAAUAGUAAAAACAAAGCAAUUUGAAGCAUUGAUGCAAAGGGAGGAAACCAAUUUGAUCAAAUCCAUAUUGGAAAAUGUAUGUCACUUAUAGAGCAGUAAUGGGGCACCAUCAGUUCAUUACGAUUAAUCUAUACAGCAUGGUACUUGUGCAGUACUUGGAAGUCCUUACGUUCUUGAUACACCAGCUCAGUUUUUGUACUUGCCCAUAUAUUUAUUGCUACCAUUUUUGAAAGGUGAUCUCAGCUCACCAUUAUCACAUUUGAAGAACCGCAUACAGUUAUGUACAGUAUUAGGCGUUGGACAGUCUUCUUCCAUUGCCCUUCAAUGCCACUGGUCACCGCAGGACAAUAUACGCAAGCACGCAGAAAGUAAAGUGAACGCAAUUUGUUGUUUGCAUCACAGUUCUUUACUCCCAUCUAGUGGUUAUUUAGUAGAUAAUUUUCAUCACACAGAGGUAACCUUCACCUUUUUUGAGUCUUAUUUAUUUUAAUCUUGAAUUUGCCGUGUGAAUCUAUUUGGUCUUCAAGUUGGGAACAGUUGUGUGAACAAUUUUAAGAUUUGUACAGGUUUGUUUCAAACUUGGUAAAUUAGAUUGUGUGGGUAAUAUUUUCGAUUCGAUUGAACAAUUGAAUGGAAUGGUAAUUCAGCUUGGAAUCAAAUGAAUGAAAAUUCCAAGAUAUUAAAUUCUGAAAGUUCGGUUAAAAUUAACAUUAAAGAAGCAUAAGGUGAUCAAAGUUGCAUCCAGUAUGCACUAGUGCUGAUUUCAUUGUACAAAACAUCUGAAAAUGCAGUACUCCUUUAUUACAUUGCAAACCGUCUGUACAGUUCAUGACAACACCUAUUGAUUCUGGUGUCAAAAGCAGUGUGACUUGGCAUUAUAAAAGAUACACUUUAUAUUUUCAUGUCUGCAUGAGGUUAUACAUGCCCUCGUAUCAAUAUUGUCAUUCACAUAUUAAAGACAUCAACCAA